UGCUAACUGACAAGCUGCGCAAAUCCAAGCUGGCACCCCUAAUUUACAUGUGUGAAUUUAAUUACUUUAAUUUGUUGUAAUGAGUUUGCUGCAGCUGCUUUUUCCCAAGUUCUGUUUGGCAGUUGAGAGAGAAGAGUUAACAGUGCAUCCUCAGGCAACAAAGAGGAUCGUUUGGGCAACCACUAACUCUUGACCCAUGCUCUCAUUUACUGUCAAGCUUAGAUAAAUUUAUUAAAUUUAAUGUCAAAUUGUAGAUUUAGAUUUAGAACAUUUUUGUAUUUAUUUAUAUAUGAGACCCAGCUGUAGGGUUUUUGUCUCUGUAGUGGACAAUAUUUAGUGAAUUUCUCAUAAUGAAGAAACUGGCGAGAUCCAAUGAGCGUUUGAUACACUUCAAAGCUAACUUUUUAAUUGUUACUAUAGCUACAGAGGAAGGGGAUACAUAUCGCAGAUGAAUUGUUUGAAUUUGGAUCUGUUCCUCACACCAAGCAUCACAUGGAUAUAGAGAAUUUAAAAAUAAGAUACUUUCAUGAUCAUUUUAUUUAAUGAUUGUGCAUGACAGCAUACUAAUAAAAAUGGUGCUAAAAAUGGCACACUAUUAUAGAUCAGUGUGUGACCCAUGGUAAACCAAAUAAUUUUUACAUGAUAAUGGUUAAAUGAUCUCUCUCUCUCUAUCUUUCUCUCUCUUUUCAUGUAAGGAUUCUGAGAUAAUUUGUGCCAAGAAUAAUAUAAAAUAUAAUACAAUUAUAAUUAAGUGCAGUUUAAUGAAUGAUUUGCUUAAUUCUGAAAUGAUAAUUUUUCAUUCAGUUUUUACUUGCCAUUUCAAAGACUACAUUUUAACAAUACUACACUUCAUUAAAAUGUAUUUGAGCAUUUAAACAUAAUUGUUACAGUGUUGUAUUCAUCUUGUUUAUCGUGGGACAAAUAGUAUGAUGCCAGAUCAUAGCCUGAUUUGGGCCACAUAUCACUGGACUGAUCUGGGCCACACUCUUUCCACCAUCAAUCGCCCCUCAGAUCCACGCCGUGCCGCCACACAUGGCCCAGCUCUGGCUGAAAGGGUACAUGCCAUUGCCGACAGGACGCCAGCAGUGCCAGCUUGGGCCAACUCCGUUUGCUAUGUGUGUAUGAAUAGAGAGCGGAAGAGAGAGAGAAUGUACCAUGUGUAGAACAUUUUAGUUCAAGGUAAAUUGUGAUAUGUGUAAGAUAUCAAUCUACUUUCAACACCUAUAGUUUUGUCUGUUUGUGUCCGCCUAUUAAGCUCUUGGUCGUUUAGGUCCGUGUGUACCGUAUCUAAGCGCAGAGCGGCUGUGUGUGUGUGUGUGUGUGUGUGUGUGUGUGUGUGUGUGUGUGGGAUGGGCCGCUGCAGUAGCGCUGAAGAGAGACCAGACUGGUCGAGCUCGAGCUGCUCAUCCACACACUGCUAGUGUCAUCUCACGCGAGGACAGAGAGAAUGCGCUGACCUCCCCAUCCACGACCCGGCGAAAGGACGAGGACAUGUGUUAGAGGACCCAUAAUGAACCGCACUGAGAUGGAGAUGUCAGGACCAGGUGUGAGCCGAAACAGUCGCACGGUGAAGAGGAGACGGUGGGGAAGACUGAGGCAGCAAUGGAAACUGCUGGGUCUGUUUGAGAUCGAUCAGCAGCAUGAGUUCUACAGUCUCACCUGUAUGAUGAAGGAAGGGCUGUGUGCUGCUGUGCAGAACACCAUUGACAACCCUUUACCUGAUGAGCUGUCAGAGGAUGACUAUACUCUUGAAGUAACUCAAAUCCAUAAGGACUUCAGGAUGGAGACGUAUGCUGGGCCGGUGUUUGCCAGUCUGCGGCGCUCCCUGGGGAUGACAGAGAAGGAAUAUCAGCAGUCCCUCUCGUCAGAAGGCAGCUACCUGCAAUUCAUCAGCAAUUCUAAGAGCAAGGCAGACUUCUUCCUAACUAAUGACAAGCGGUUCUUCUUAAAGACACAGAGUAAAAGAGAAGUGCGAUUUCUCUUGUCUAACCUUCGAAUCUACAUGGAACAUCUGGAGAAGUACCCACACUCUCUGCUUGUCAAAUUUUUAGGUGUUCACAGGAUCAAAAUAGCACAUCAGAGGAUGAAGUAUUUUAUUGUGAUGCAAAGUGUCUUUUACCCUGAUGACAGAAUCACAGCGAGGUAUGAUAUAAAAGGCUGUGAGGUGAGCCGGUGGACAGACCCAGCCCCUGAAGGCAGCCAGAUCAUUGUUGUUUUGAAGGAUCUUAAUUUUGAAGGACAGUUCAUUCAGUUAGACCAGCAACGCCCUUGGCUCCUGCGUCAGGUGGAGAUUGAUACUGCCUUUCUUCAGACCCUCAAUGUGUUGGACUACAGUCUCCUGCUUGCCCAUCAGCCCCUGCACCAGGAUGAACUCAGCCAGAGUCUUUCUUUCGCAACACUCAUCAUGCGUGCCAAAAAAUCCUUCUCUUUCUUCUCCAAACGGCCAUUGGCAGGCAGGUCAGUAAAUGCAACAUCCAGUCCUACACAUGCCACUUCACCAACUGUUCCCGGGACAGUGGCAGAGGAAGACUCCACACUCCUCUCCUCAGAAUUAAAUACAGCACAAGGUCACGUAACAGAAAUGCACAGUGGCAAUUGUUCAACGGACAUCGCAAGUCCUGAGGAAGACAAAAUUGAGCAACAAAGUAGGAUGGGAACAGAGUCAGCCGAUCUACAAACGUUCCACUCCCAGAACAGGAGACUGCUUCCUAACUUCAGAAACCCGCUUCAUGUCAUUGAUGGAUCCGAGCAGCGUUACUUCAUUGGGAUAAUUGAUAUCUUCACUGUUUAUGGUUUCAAAAAGAGGCUUGAGCAUCUGUGGAAAAGACUGAGACACCCACGACAAUCAUUCUCCACAGUCAGUCCUCCAGCUUACUGUCACAGGCUGUGCCAGUGGGUUCAGGACCAUACCAAAUAAAAUGAGAGAGCUUGGAUGACAGAUGGACCACUGUUCGCACCUGACUCAUGCAAACCUCAUUAUGUAAACACUGUGGAAUGGAUCUGAAUGUACAUUUGAGGGUGAAAUUUUUUAUAGCUUUUUGUUUGCUAAUGCAACGACAGACGAUGCUAAUGCAAGUACUCGUUAAAACACUCUAGUUCAUAAAUGCAAAAGUUAAAAGUUGUAUUCAUUUAAAAUGAGAGUAACAGAGCAAUGAUGGUGCAUAGGGAUGAAACCUAUUAUGAAACCAUGAAUAGUAUGAAAAAUACAUCGUUAACAUUUGAUUGCCAGCUGUCCAGACAGAAAAGCUUUUGAGACUUACAACUGUUAAAAAAAACGGGGUCACUUCCUUCCUGCUAUCUGUCACGUUCAGAAACUGUUAUGUGGAACUACACAAGUGGGCAUUCAAAUGCUUUUGCAGUAUAAUAAAAAAUACAUAUUAUGUUUGAUA